UUUUUCUUUUUAUUCUAUAUACUUUAUCAUGAACUGUGAAUUAAACAAACAUCAACACUCUUCUUCAAUGACAAGCUUCUGUUCUUGUUGUGGUGUCGAUGUCACUCAGUUUAGUCAUGAAUUCUGGUGUAGAUUUGCAAAUGGCAACUAAAAAAAAACCCCCCCAAAAACAACCACACUUAUUCUGUACAUAUCCAUCAAAGAAAACUUUUUUUUUUUUAAAAAUCUACAUCUCUCUCUCUCUGUACAAAAGAAAAAAAAAGAAGACAAAGAUGAUGACAGCCUUGUCAUAUUUAUGUAUAUAUAUUUAUAUAUCUUAUCCGUUUCAUAUUUAUAUACCUCUACGCAAUAUAUUUUUUAUAUAUAUUUGUACCUUAUUUAUUAUUAGAGAAUAAAUUGUAUGACGUUAAUACAAACUUC